CUUUGUGUUAGCUAAACAGCAUGACCUGCCUGCUUGUCCCAAUGACACACAUUGGGGUUUGAGGUGAUAAAAAUGUGAUCUCAUUUCGGUCUUUUCUUUAAAUUACUUUCAAAUUAACUGAAAAGGACUUACCAGAGUCACUAAAUAAGUCUGUAAAGAUGCCAGCCGGUGUGUCUUGGCCUCGGUACCUGAGGAUGCUCGGUGCCAGUAUGCUGGCCAUGUUUGCAGGAUCACAGGUCGUCCAUCAGUACUACCUACCUGAUCUGAGUAUUCCAGAGACCCCCCCCAAGCCCGGGGAGCUUAUAACAGAGCUGCAGGGCUACAAACUCAGACAAGAAGCUGCCGCUGCUGCGCUAGAGGAGCUUAAAGCAAAACAAAAAGUGGACUGAUGUGGAAUUGUUUGUGAUGGACAUUCAAUCAGCAGAUUAUUUUCUAUUCUGAAGUUGCCACUCGCCGAGUCAUGUCUGGGACAUCUGCAAUGGAUAUUGUCUGUGUUUGAUGUUUCUUCUUAUGAAGCAAACAGGAGAGGAAUAAAAUGCUACAGUCUUGGCGCCUGGCUCCAUGGGAUAAGGAUCCUCUCUGGAAUAAGAUGAUUCUGUUUAUAUAACCAUUGUUAAUUUGUCAUUGUUGAAUGUCUUAGCACUUUCAAACCAAGUGAUGCAGUUGGUAAUAGAACGCUUCAUGAUCACACUGUAACUGUAAGUUAUUCUGUUCUACUCAAAAUACAUCUAUUGAUGGUUUUUCCCUAAGCAUACAACAUGUUUUUAAAUAAAAAAUAUAUAAUUCUAAA